UGGAGUAAAUGAAAGAACUUGAAAAGAACGAUUGUGUGAUUAAUAGAAAGGCGAGACUUUGCUAAAUAUUUCCGUAAUAAACACAAAAUAAACGGCGCAUAAACAUUUAGAAAUUAGUUCAAUUUAAUAACGUUUUAUUAGCCGAUUAGAGUGUACAUAUUUUUCUACAGUAAAUGAAAGUGUUAUUGUGAUAUAUCUGUGAAAUAUAAAAACCCAUUUUGUCGAAUCGCAAACGAAGACGCAACAUUUCGUUUGCACUUUGUGGAAAAAAAAGGAACUUUCAUCCGAAAAGCGAAACAAUUUUCUUGUGUGUGUUGCAUCUAAUUCAAAUGGACGUGGAUACGAAUCGCUAAUAAUAUCUCAACUAUAGCCAUAAUAGUUGAAUGGAUUCUCAGUCAUUGUGCGCGCAUACCAAUGCCAAAGUCCAAAAUGGUCGUCAGCAUUAAUCAAAGCUAAAGCUUCAGAUUUCGCAAUUUCAUGAAAAGUUACUGAUCAUCGCCCUCAAAAUUGAAUAAAGUUCAGCGACAAAAAAACAUGGAACCUGUUCCUGGUCCAUGGCAGUACACAUAUAAUCGGUUGACAGGCGGUGUACAAGGUGCUGCAAGCAAUGAUUUACACCAUCAUUUUGCGCAAGCCGCAACAAACAGCGCAUUAAGUGGCCAUAAUUCAGCUGUCGGUGUUCCGUCAACAACAUCACAGCUACUUCUACAAGCAGCACAUUCAGCGACACCAGCUUUCAAUCCGAGCUCAUUUCUAAAUGCACCAGCUGUGACGUAUGAUGCUAUGUUUUCGCCAUUCCUGCAUCAACCGAAACCAGCCCAUUUCAACGCAAUCAAUGCUCAACAUCGACAAGUCAUAGCACAAGCUCAAGCACAAGCGGCUGUGACCAAGCAAGCAACCGAAGUGGAAUUAAUCCGAGAAAACUACUCGCAGCAACAUCAAACAUUAGCAGCGCAUAGCGGUUCCUAUUUUGAUCAGUCUGUGACCCCAGUGAGUGCUGCAUCAUUAGCAUGGCAAGAUGCAUCUGGACGAUUAAAUUAUUCUGGUAGUAAUAGUUCCGCAAAAAGUGCUGGGACCACAUCUAGGAACACCAACACGGUGAAUGUUCAGCAGCAACCUCAACCGCAAACGCAAUACCAACAGAGUGCCUCAAACUAUAGACAACAAUUUGCAUCCGGUUCCGAUGCCCAGGAAUAUGCAUUAGCAUCGAGGAGUAAAGCGAAUUCUAGCACCGAGUCCCAAUACUCCAGCAAUUCAACGCAAAACGGUUCGAAAGACUGUAAUGCGAGUGUUGUUGUUCCGCGAAGACCUAGUCCAUUGCAGUCGAAUUCACAAGCUUCGCCACUCGGUCACGUGCCAAGUCCUGCCUAUCCAAUGUAUAACAGCCCGUUAAAUUCAAUGGCAUCGCCACAAACCAGUGAUCAUCAACAAAGUCAAAAUGCUUACAAAUCAACAACUCCCAAUCAACACAUGGCGCCCAGAUCACCACUGGAUGUAUCAGUUACUGUGAGCCGACCGCCAUCACAAGGAGUUGCUUAUUCAUCGGUGAUAACGCGUGCGCUGAUUAACGAUCCCAAGUCAUAUUCAGACACGCGAUAUGAACGACCGGUUCAACAAACAACCAAUCAACAGCAACAGCAGCAGCAACAACAACGCCAAUGUUGGGACAAUGAAAGAGUGUCUCAGCAACAACAGCAAGUCAGAAAGUUUCAAGGGAAUACUUACAGUUCGAAUGUCAGUCAAACGUCAUCGAAUCAUAUUGUUGAUAUGCAUCAAGGGUCGCCACAACAACCGAAUCAACAAUCUCAAUCAAUUCUCAAUAACAUUCAGCAGCCGCAGGUUUUGCAACGAAAUUAUGAAACGACAGUAACUCCCGUAGCACCUGUUCUACAAGAUCUGAGUAGUUGUCGGGCCAGUGAUUCGAUGGCAUUAAUCAAGUCCAUGCAAAUGCUUUCUGGUCAUCAAUCUCAAAAUUGUCAAAUAAAUCAACAACAGAUUCAACAGCAACAGACACCCGUUGUUGAGAGUAAGCCUGCAAAGAUAACAGGCGCCAGAAAGCGGAAAACACCUGCGGAGAAGGUUAGAGAAAGUGUUACAGUGACGACUCCAGCGACUGUAACUGAACCGACUCCAACGGCUUCAUCAGAUUAUUUAAAUAGUCGGAUACCACCGCCUGCUCACACAACCAGUCAACAGCAACCCAUUCAGAAUGGUGCCUAUUUCGAUAUUGAGCGAUGGAAUCUACCUCCGCCACCUCCAAAAAAUUUUCCUACCAGUUCUGCCUUUACCCCUUCCCAGUCCUCAAUUCACAGUAGUAAUUUUAAUAGUCAACAGUCCUUUAUGGUGCCGCACAUUCACACUCACACGCCUCUUCCGUAUCUUCCAGCAUUUCACCUACCACAUCAUCCUGAUUAUCAGCUCUCAGAUAUAUCGUCCUCGACCCCAUCGGCUAUUAUUAGCAAUAGCAAUUUCAAUAAUAAUAGCACUGGAACGACUAGUGUUUCUUCCUCAAACUUUUCCUUGACGCCUGAGACACGCGAAGACGAGCCGCCUAAGGUUGUUGUACCGAAUAUAGAGGAAGAACUUGGGUUUCUUGCAGAAAACAAUCGAUCUGGUAGCAAUAGUGCUCAACAACAGCAGACAACUAAUAAUAGACAAACUCAACCAGCGCCACCAACACAACUAAACAGACCAGCCAAUAAUAAUGUGGCGACUCAUCAACCGCAACAGCAAUCACAACAACAGCAAUUGCCUGCACAAACACAACCAACCACAUCGAAUGCGGCAAAAGUGCUGGAGAAUAAGUUCAAGCCAAGUGGGCCGGGUGCUGGUUUCAUGGGAAGUUAUUUGAAAUUUUUGCAAGGUGAACGCGAUACGUCACCUCCACCGGCUAAUCGCGGCAAUCGUAAAACGUCAUGGACUAGACCGACGGCAAAUACUUUAGCCAGCACGUCAACAUCAGCCACCACAACAAAUACGACGGCCGGCGCCAAUGCCAAGCAAUUGAACCAAGUUAGUAAUGGUAUGAUUGCACAACAACAACUAUCAACUAAUCAAACCAUUCAACAGCAAACCCAGCAACAUAUUCAACAACAACAGCAAAAACUGGACGAGGACCAGCGGUACUAUCAAUCGCCUAAGGAUCGUAAACGAGCAGCAGACGACGAGUUUACGAAGCAACAAUUAAAUUCCAUAACUCCAUCGAAAAAGCAACCAGCGAAGAAAGCUCGCAACAAUUCACAACUCCAACAAACUCAACAGCAACAGCAGCAACAACAACAACAGCAACAAGCGCAUCAACAGCAACAACAGCAGAUACUCCCUCCACAACAGCAACAACAACAACAGCUAUUGCCGAAUCAAUCGCAGGCAAUUACUCAGUAUCAAAUGUCCCAGCAUCUGCAACAGCAGCAGACACCGCAAAUGAUGCAACAAAUGCAACAAAUGUACUAUCAACAGCCCGAUGAAGCAGAUCCGUUAGUUAUUCCAAUGAGACGCGAGACAUCCCAUCGUAAAGCGAAAGGUCGCAGCAUUGUCAAUUUGAUGCAGAAAUCUGGCAACGAUGACGAACAAGAAGAACCGGCCGAAUUCGUCGAUUCUGAUUCGGAUCCGGCAUGGACUCCACAGGCUGAUAAGGAUGAAGACGAAGACAUUCCAGGUCGGCGACGAGGUCGUAAAGGCAAGCAAUCGUUGAUUAGUAGCCGCAACAAACGUGGUAAAUCAAACAUUCUCACAGUGGCUGUCAAAGGUGCAGGCAUUAGUGAGUUCGAUUCGAGUGACGAUUCGCAGCCGAGCCAACAGCAAAUGUCCCUGUAUCAAUCGCAACCGAAUCAGCAAAUGAUGUACGGACAAGGAAACCGGCAGACUCAACAUGGAAUGCAGCAGAUUAUAGCACAGCAGCAACAUAAUCAGCAUUGCGAUGAUAACGAAUCGGAGUUCCGGGCUGGUGACUUUGUGGUUAAUCGAUCCGAGCUGAUUCAUGAUUGGCCUAGCAUUUGGCGGGUCGACAAUAAAAAUCUGCUGCAAAAGUACGAGCCGUUUACUCAGAAUGGAAAGACGCUGUACAAGAACAUUCAAACGUACGCUGCGUUAACACCUGAGCAUAAAUACGCCAAAAUACCAAUACGCGUUUACAACCAUCUCUCCAAUACGGGCAUGUUCGUCGAAUUUCUGCGAACCGAGAUGACCAUUGACGAUACAGAGAUGUUCAUCGAAAAGGUGAUGCAAGACUCUAGCGCCUAUCAGGACAAUUUCGAAGUUUACAUUCAGACUUUAAUAUCGCAAGCGCUGGAUUCGAAUUUUCUAACUGAAAUAACACAAGAGCAAGACGAUUAUUUCCUGUCCAACGUAAAAACAAUUGACGAGAUUACACACGAUCGAAAACGGCGUCUACUGAACAUCACACCGUGGCCGAAGACGAUGACACUGUCCGUCGAGACGUGGCCGUGCUACAAUAUCAUUUCGGAUUUGGGACAAGGUGGCACCAGUCAUCUGUUUUGCGUUGCUUGCCAUCAACCGGGCAUAUCGAUGCGAUUGAUGCUUUACGGCAAUCCGUACAAUCCGGCUACCAUUGAAAAGGUUGAGCCAGAUUGUCGAAUGGGAUUCGAGAAGGAUCUACUGCUGUGUCGAGUGUGUUCUUCCAGAGUGGAACUUUAUCACAAGAUAACUCAUCAGAAAUACUUAAUGUACAUCGAAUGUGCUAAGAAGGUAGCGGAGAAGAAUGUACAAGACCCUACCAAAGGAUCAACUGUCAUUUUGAACGAGUUGUUAGCUGAUGAUGUGUGGUUGGCACAGCUAUUCAAAAAUGUUCGCUUUGCUUGGGCUGAGGUUGACCACAUCGAAAGACAGAAUCGAUUCAUAGUGUCAGCACGACAGCAAUAAAUUGUUAAAUUGUGAUUUUCAUUAAAUGAUUAAAUGUGAAACUAAACUUAAAAUCAAUUUUUUUGUGGAAAUGCAUGAGAUAUUGUCGAGGCGAAGAUAAUUUUUGAUAUUUUUUUUUUUAACGAAUCUUAAUUUAGAGAAAACUUUUUUUUUUGUUAAAUCAGCAUUGGAUUUGAUUUUCCUUCCAAAAAGAAUGGUUUCCGUUUGUUUUAUAUAAUUUCUGUUGAAGUAAAUUUCGAAAUAUUUUUUUUUUACAUUUUUCAUUGUUUGUGUCAUUCACCAUUUGAUCGCCUGUGCGCCAUUUCACACAUAAGAAUAUUUUUGUGUGUGCGUGAUUUCAAUUAACACUUAUGUAAAUGUGGAGUAAAUCUGCCGAAUUUGAAUUCUCAAACAUUAUUUCUUGUUUACACUUUCAUUAAAUGACUUGUCGAUGUGCAAAGAAAAGGGAAAAUAUUGUCAAAAUAUCAUCUAAAAAUUGUAUAAUCCUAUAAAUGAAAUAUUUUAUUUUCUUGUUUCCUCUUCUGUUUUUUCUCUUUUUUUAAAUAAAGAUUACCUACUGGUAAAUACAAGAAUUUUACAAC